AUGUUUGGCAAGCAUACUCUGCUCCUCUUGCCCUUGGUGGCGACGCUCAUAUCUGCUGUGCCUGUUCAGAUACAGACUAACGGCGCCGCUGUCCUAGCAGCCCGCAGCAGCACCAUGAGUGCCGCAGUCAUGCCACAGGACAAGACCGCAACUCCUUCCGCAGGCACGACUGCGACAGCCCCAGGCACCGCGCCCGUCCCCGCUGCAGGCCAGACGCCCGCUGUCCCCGCGGCCAAUGGGGCUUCUACCACAACCGUCACGACGGGUACUGUCCCGGGAGCAGGGACAAACACGACGACCCCUAGCACUAACCCGUCUACCAGCUCCGCAACGACAGGAUCAGGCCCGACGACCAAACCACCGUCGAUUAUCGGCGGCAAGGGUGAACAGGUCAAGGCCAACAUUAACGAUGGCGUCAAGGCUAUGACUGACAAGAUUAAGGAGAAGUUCAACGAUUUUAUGGCGUUGGUAGGUGGGCUAUUUUCUUCAAGCUCAGCAUCAACUUUAGCCACCCCGGCCGCUCCAGCAGUCCCGUCGGCUUCUGCCAAUUUAUCAACUCCCGCAAACCCUCCAGCUCCGGCAACUCCUGCGACAUCAUCAACUUCUGCAAUUCCUGUGACUGCUGGAGCAUCAACUUCUCCGUAUUAG